AGUCGCCACGCCAGUCGCGCGCCGACCGCGCAGCGCAUCGCACGUCCGUGAUGACACAGUGAGUGAAAGUGACAAUGGUGACUGGUGUUGGGCAGCCGGCCGUGCCGGAGAAAAAGGCCGAGAAUCGUAGGAGCAAUAAGCCGAUAAUGGAGAAGAGGAGACGGGCGCGUAUCAAUAAUUGUCUCAACGAACUGAAGGCGCUCAUAUUGGAUGCAAUGAAAAAAGAUCCAGCCAGACACUCGAAGCUCGAAAAGGCCGACAUCCUCGAGAUGACCGUGAAACACCUGGAAGGUCUUCGCACCGAGGCAUCCCCGGACCGGUUCCGCGCCGGUUACCGGCACUGUCUGUCCGAAGUCGCCAGGUUUCCAGGCCUGGAGGCUGGACUUAGGAAGCGGCUGGUGAAGCAUUUGGAGGGGAACGUGGUGGGGAGGCCGCCUGGUGCGCCGACGCCGCCGUCUGAUGCGGAGGACGCUGCUGUUCCGCAUUCUACUAUUUUAAUAUCGGCAGGCCCCGGCUCCGGAGUGCGUCUCGUCCCAACGCGUCUCUCCAACGGCGACAUAGCCCUGGUCCUACCAGCGGGCGUCAGCGCCAACGCUCUAGGAGCAGUUCCAACCCUAGUGCCCCUCUCACCUCGAGCUUCAUCCGCUUCUUCAGAACCCAGGUGCUUCUCACCAGCUAGCUCUGGCUGGGGCUCGCCUCCACCUGCAGAUGAUCCAGCGCCUUUAGCUUUAGUUACUAGGAAAGCUGCGGAGGAUAAACCGUGGAGACCGUGGUGACGGUUUUUAGUAACAAUCCUUUUUUGAGAAUUCCGAAGGAAUGUGGGUUCCAAGUAUUUCUGGUCGCUGAUUGUUAUGUGAUAUCUGAGUAUAAUAACAAUAUAUGUAUAAAAUAUAAUAUUUUAAGUUUUCAUAUUAAGUGAAGUAAACGGUUAGAUCCAUUUAUUUCAAUAUUUUUACCUUAUUCGACGUUUCAGCUGGCUUGCAUCAUCUGUGGUCACGGAGGGUGCAUCGGAUAAGGUAAAAAUAGUGAAAUAAUAUCGCGUUACAUCCAUUUAAAUCACUACAUAUCUGAAAAAUAUUGGAGACCUCCUAUUAUUGAAAACCUUUUUUCUCCGCCUUUGCAAGAACACGCUGGAGGUAAGACAGACAAGUCCACGUUGAUAGUGGAGUGCUCUGAGGUUUUGGUUUUGAGGUUUUUGAGGUGUUUCAGUCCACUGUAUUUAUGUGGGCAGACGGACAGUAUUCACAAUAUUUGGUGGCAUUUCCAUCCUGAAUUCUCAAAAAGAACAUACGCAUAAUACUUAUACUGGAAACUGUGAUAUACUUUUAAGUCUGUGAAUGGCGAGAAUGAAGUUCCUAGAUUAAUUAAAGCGUGUGUGUGUUAUUUAGAUACAUAUGUUUGUAAAUAUUGAACAUGUAAAUUUUCCUCAAGUUACUUGCAUGGCCAGUACAAGAAUGUGUGCGAUAUUUUAAGGUGUAUUUCAACUUCAUUUGGAGACCGAUUCUGAUUUACCAACUUGUUAUGGCUUUAAUAAUCAUAACAAUGCUCGUAUACGACUUUAGUUUUUGUGUCUUUUCCAUAUAAACACUAAACGAUUUUUUUAAAACCGCACUCGUUAUAGAAAGUAUGCCAAAAAAUCACAAAUAAUUCAUGGUAUAACCACCUGCGAGGAUAUUUCGGUAUUAUUUGCUGUUCUUGAAUUCUAUAUUGACUUUUUUUCUUGCCCAAACAUUGUUUUUGAAAAAAAAAACAUAAUCCAAAAAAGCCAAAGGUGGCGGCAUCAUUUUGAGCGAUGGGACACAACCUUUAGCCGAUACCCGGUAAAAUGGCGCCACUUUUUGAUAUUUAACAAAAACACAUACCAGUGAAAAAAUAAGUAUCAAAGUCAAAUGGCGUUCUAAAAGUUUUAAUCAUGUGUUGAAAGAUGGAUCUAAAUUUACUGUGGCUACCAAAUUUUCUUUGACAAUCUAACUAUAUUUCAAAUUCUCUUUCGCGAAAUGAAGUGAAAGUCGUGCCAACCACCAAGACGAUCGUCAGGGUCGUAUUAAAACAUUUCAUCACAACAAAUUGUUGACUUAGAAUCGGCCUCUCGGCCUUUAUUUUAAUUUUAACGCUGUAUUGAUUUAGUCUUCCUUAAGUUAAAUAUAGAUACUUAGUUAUGGUUUGUAAAUUUGUGAAAGACAUCUGAGGCAGUAUUUUGUAUGAUUAUGUGAAAGAACGGUAUGUUCGAUAUAUGUUAACACAGUGAAUAAUCCUAAAUAAACAUUAUAUUAUGUUAUUAUUUAUGUAGAUCGCGCCAUUAUUUAGACAUUUCUGGACGAGGAUUUUGAUAUUUGUAGGCCUUGACUAAAUAAUUUUUUCUAUCGAUAUCGAAACGUUAUUGUCUCUCUACCACUCUUCCAUAUUAGUGCGAUAGAGACAGCGUUUCGUUUCGUGUCUCUGCGAACGAUUGUUAUCUUUGCUAGGCCUCGGUAUUCUUAUGAAAUUAAAAUUACGUAUCUUUUUUCUCACAAUAUGCAAAUAAAUUAUUUAAUUACUCAAAUCGGACCACGUGUGUCGGAGUAAUCGGUGAACGUACAUAAAAAAAUUAGCCACAACUGAAUACAGAACCUCCUCCUAUGAAAUUGAAAUCUGUUAAAAAGAUAAAUUAGCCGGGAGGUCUAUAAAUAUCUCAAUUAUGCGCCUAAAAUGCAUUGUCUGUCUUCAUUAUGAGUCAUAACUAACUAAGCCGCCGCCAUACAAUUCAAGGUACGCUCUCAUUGACUGUUGUUACUCUUAAACCUCUCGUCGGCUCGGCUUUGCUAACACCAAUAAUCUUAUCGCUAGCGACAAACACUUAAAUAAGAUAUUUAACGACUUAAUUAAUUAGGUAACUGUCCAUUUAAAUAAUUCUGUGUGCCUUACAGCAAAAUCGAAUAGUCUUCCAGUAUUUAGAUCUAAGUGAGAUUAUUAUAAUAAUUUAUGUUUAUCUAAAGUGCUUGAGAAAAGACGUGUCGUUGGCGCUUCAGUUAAAUAAAAAUAGCAAAAAAAUAUAGAAAUGGCUAAUUUGUUUCGUAUUUCACAAAUAACCUAAUGUCUUUGGUUUAUUACUUACUUCACUGGCUCAGUGACCCAAACAGGAUCUUGGCCUCUGACACAAGAGAGCGCCACUCUGCCCUAUCCUGCGCCACUUCGCGCCAGUUGGGUAUUCCGAGGGCGAACAGGUAUUUUAGGACUUCGUCAUUCCAGCGGUAUCUGCGACGCCCAGACGGACGUUUUAUUAAAAUAUAAAUAAAUACUAGACAUUUUAACUAAAGUACCAUACAUUUAUUUCUUUAAAUGCUUUGCAAAUUCUAUUAAUCUCUAUUUCAGUAAAAACUAUGCCAGAUGACUUUUCUUUUCGAGCACUUUUUAUCACUUAAAUCACUUAGUUCUUUUUAAGUUAAUUUAAACAACCCACUAAUUUAAUAAAUGCUCAAUUAUUUAGUUGUUACCGAAACACAGUCGAAUAGUGUCUUCCUUUAUAAGUUACCUAAAGCAGAAGCCAGCAAACAGAAAAAUGUUUUAAGUGAAAAUUUAUAUCUAAAAUAAAUAUAGAGUUGUAAACCGUGUCUUUCAGGAUAUUCCCAGCGGUAAGUACCACAAAGUAUUCAAUAACCCACAAUUCUAUAGACCCGUUUUGAAAUCCAAUAACGGCCGUCAAUUAAAUACUGGAAUUCCAGAAUUAAUAACAGUAAUGAAAUUGACCAUAUAAAAGUAUUUUUUUCUUUGUGUAUUAUAUUUUUUGUUUAUUGUAAUUUGCUUUACACAGAAUACACAAAAUCUAUUUUUAAUAAUUAGUUUCAUAUAAAUACAUAAGUUUAAGUUUUUUUAUACGUAAAUAAAAAUUGAAUACCGGUAUUCCGAUAUUUAGAUGUUGAUCGUUUUCAAUUCCGGCAAUGCAAUAUUGUAUAAAUCACGCCGAUUCCGGUAUUCGGGGUUCCGGAAUUCCGGUAUUCAAACCCCAACACCAAAUUGUUGGGCCUGGUAACAGCUGCGAUUAUGCUCAUCUUCUACCCUCUGCUUUAUUUUAUAAAUUUUAAUUCUGGUAACAGAUAAAAGUAAUCUCAAAUGUUACCAGUGAUAAUAAAUGAUAUGAUGGUAAUACCGCGGGAAUAAACUUCUCUUUUGCACUGAUGAUCACUUUACACUGACUUCAGCGUAUUCACGUCAAGAUUUUUGUGUUAUAUACAUAGAUAUAUUAUAUAGUAAAGAUGGUUUAUCAUUCAUAUUUUAUUUACUUACUAUAUUUUACAUACUUACAUGCGUUUUUCAGCUGAAAACCUUAGUAUAUCAGUUGUAGAUUUAAGUUAAGAAAAUAUUUUAAUUUCUUCAUGAUGAUAAAACAGAAGGGAUUGCUGAAGUAACUUUUAUUUUAAAAUAUAUAUCUACCAAUCUAUGUGCGUACUGUGUCGUUGGAAUGUUUCCAAUUGCAAAAUUUCCUCAUGGUAAAAAUUCGGAAACUUCUGAAAUUUUUGUAUGGGAAUCUUCUCCAUUACAAAAUGAAGGUUUCCUUUGUUUUCUGUGAAAUUCCCGAGAACUUUUCCAACUUUUUGGUAACUUUCCGCAACUAACACAUUUCGAUAUGUUUGUUAUUGUGUGCAAACAUUUUUUAACCUUUUUCAGACAUAGGAAGAUCUAUCAACCAUGUGCGCUAAUCAAAUUUCAACUCUAGUAUUCCGGUUUAAGAUUAAAAUUAGCAAUAGAAUCUGGUUUGAUUGACUACAAUAUAUUUGGUUUUUUUUUUUAAAUUGGUGCGGCCGGAAAAGGGUUGAAAUGUGACCUUAUUUAACCUUUUGAACGCCAGACGACGAAGGAACAUGCCGUGCCCCGGACGCAGGCGAUCACGAUUAUUUAAGCGAAAUUGAACUUUACGGGGUCCCGCGUUAGUCCCUAUUGCAUUGGCGAAACUGUCGGCUGUAGCCGUCGUUGGCGUCCUUGGCAAGUCUUUCAGAUGUCGGCCACAGCCGACGGUGGCGGUCAAAAGGUUAAAAUAUUAAGAAAUUUUAGUGUGUCUACAACAACAGAUUACCUUUUUUUUUGUUUUCGAAUAAAGUAUAUUAGAGUAUAUAUCGUGAUAUUAAAUACUAAGAUGCCUCUAAUGUUGUAUAAGGUACCUAAAAGUGUACAGUUUCUAAAACUAAGAGCUAAAUGUACCUAAAAGAAUAUGCCAUUUAAGUAAAAUAGAAAUACAUUUAUGAUAACAAUAUUAAA